AUGGGUCGUGUGAGAAAUGGGACCAUUACGAGCAGCUGGGGGCGCGUGGCUCGGGAGGAAAGGCUUCGGAAAGAAGAGGAAGAGCAGAAGCAGCGGAAGCGGGAGGCUGAGAAGAACAAGGCCAGGCUGAUGGAGGCCUUCUUGAAGGAGAAGGAGAAAGAGGUUCUGCAGCUGCAGGAGGAAGCCAAAACGUUCAUCACCCCCGAGAACCUGGACGCGCGGAUUGAGGAGUGUCUGGACAAUCCCCGCAACUACAACUUCGCUGUCGACAAAGAAGGCAGGAUAGUGAAACGGACCGUUCUGUCCUAG